UAAAACCACAUUUCAUCCCUGUUUCUUUCCCUCCAGCAGAAACCACCCACCAUGAAAUACCACUCUCUAAAACAACCUUCCAAACAAGUUGUGUUUUUGUAUCUCUCUUUGUUCGCUUGUCUGCCUAUAUCCAUUUCCAUUUGUAACUUCGCAGAAGAUGGAGCUGCGACCAAAGGCAUGUUUGUGUUUGGAAGCUCUCUGGUCGACAAUGGCAACAAUAACUUCUUUGAAAGCAGGGCUAAAGCUGAUUAUUUGCCAUAUGGUAUUGAUUUCCCAAACGGACCUUCUGGGAGAUUCACAAAUGGCAAAAAUGUCGUUGACCUUCUUGGUGACCAACUCAAGCUUCCUUCCUUCAUCCCACCUUCUAAAUACCCUUCAACUAAGGGAAGUAAAAUUCUUCAUGGAGUCAACCAUGCCUCUGGCUCUUCCAGUAUAUUAGAUGAUACCGGCUCAAUUGUGGGCAAUGUUAUCAAUUUGAGCCAGCAAGUCCGGGACUUCGAGGAGGAGACAUUGCCAGAGCUAGAAGCUGAGCUGGGGUGCAAAAGCUCUGAAUCACUUCCAAGCUGCUUGUUUGUUGUCGGAGUUGGUGGGAACGAUUACAUGUUCAACUACUUCGCCAGGAAAUCCUACCUCCAAUUUGGCCUUGAAGCCUUCACUAGAAGUCUCAUUGCCUCUCUGGCUCAAAAACUCCAGAAACUGUAUAGUUUGGGAGGUCGAAAAUUUGUGGUAAUGUCAAUAAAUCCACUAGGCUACAGUCCCGCGCUUAACAGACCAAAUUUUAUAGGCAGCCCUCAAGCUCUGAGCCAAGCAGCUCAGAUGUACAACGUUCGGCUGAAGAUACUGCUAGAUGCUCUCAAAAGAAGCAUGCCUGACUUCAAUUUUGCUUUGGUCAUAUGA